UAAUGUCACACACUGUGCAUCCACCUGACAGACUGCUCAUUGCCUCUGCAUCUACCUGUCACUCCUGUCAGCCCAAUGUGCUGCUCCUGACUCUCACUGAUUACAGAAAGAGAUUGUCAUGUUGUAAGCGGGAGCGUGUCAUCUCACAUAGUAGCCGCUGGCUGCUAGAGCAAACAAAUAAGGAUUCUGCUAAUACUACAACUGGAGCUGAAGGCACCACAGGAAUGUCCAACUUUUAGGGUUUUAUACAAUAUUUUAUUUUUGCUCCUUUUGCUGUGCAAUGAUGAUUUGCUGCAAUGGUAAACUACAUUUCAUCAUCACUGUAACAUUUUGCCUUCUAUGGAUUGUCACGGUUAACGUGUACUUUCAUACCAGAAUAAAGGAUGGGUAUACUGUUACCCCGAUCAGGAAAUGUGAGAACUGCUUCCCAGGGAAUAUAAAUGACAGCUUGGACCAAGAAAUGAGAAAGACUAUGCUGCAGAAAAUCCUGCUGACCGACAUCACCAGGAGAAACAUAUUGACCCAAACUAUGAAAAAUAAUGUACAAGGUAGAUUUGGGGCUAAGUUCCAUCCUAAGCAAAUGACAUCCAAGGACCUUACUUUGAGAUUAAGACAGGUGAAGAGAAAUUACCAAGCAAUGAAUAAAUACAGUGUGAACUUCAAGGGGAAAAUUAACCAGGAGUUCAGCCCACUGGAAAUCAUGUGUCAGCUUAAAUACAGGGUGAACAUGACAACCAUUAUGAGCUCCGACCUCCCCGCCAGUGCCAAUUUCUGGAGCCAGUAUUUACCCAGUAAGACGCUAGAGCAAGAGGUUGGCAAAUUGGGACGCUGUGCCAUAGUGAUGUCAGCAGGAGCCAUGAGAUUUUCAAAACUUGGAAAGGAGAUUGAUUCCCAUGAUGCUGUGCUGAGGUUCAACAUAGCUCCCACCGAUGGAUUUGAGACUGAUGUGGGAUCAAAAACGACAUUUCGCAUACUAAAUUCACAGGUUGUUACUCUGCCUAACCAUCAUUUUCUGGAUAACCCUAUGUAUAAGAAGGGAAUAUUGUUAAUGUGGGAUCCAUUAUCAUAUGAAACAGAUAUACAUCAGAUGUACAAGCCGGAAUUUCGCUUCUUUGAACGAUACAUUAAUUAUAGCAGGCAAAACCCAGAUCAGCCAUUUUACAUCCUGAACCCAAAGAGCUCCUGGCAACUUUGGAACAUAAUUCAGGAGAACUCACCAGAACUAAUCCAACCCAACCCUCCUUCAUCAGGGUCACUCGGGAUCCUGUUGAUGAUGAAUCUCUGUGAGGAGGUGAAUGUUUAUGAGUUCCUACCAUCCAUGCGUCAAACUGACCAGUGUUACUAUUAUAAAAAAUAUUAUGACAGAGCAUGCACUUUUGGUGCCUACCACCCUCUAAUUUAUGAGAAGAAUUUAAUAAUAAAACUUAACCUGGGCGAUGACAAUAGUAUUGUCAAAUACGGAAAGGUGACACUGUCCGGACUCAGGGACUUACAGUGCAAGGUCCAAGCUUAGAAUGAAGAUUAAGGAAAUGUGGUGAAAAUAUCUGAUUUACCUAACCAAAACCAUUAAGAACAAGAAAGGUGGUUUGACGACAUGCUUUUUGAACAGUGCUGGACGUGAGGUCAAAGUAUACCUAUUUUACUAUGUAACAUGUAAAUUACAUGUAUCAUAUGCAAACUUCAACUAAUGUAGUCAUUUAGGAUGUGCUCCUCUGUGAUGGAGCCAUAUGCAGGUACAUCAGUGAUGUAGCUUAAGAAAAAAAAGACAACUUUGGGCAAAUCCCUUGACAGAUGGCCAUAAUGUGUGACCCAUGAAAUUUAGUAUAUACAAUAGCUCUGUACAGUGGCAAAGAUCAUUGAGGACCAGGGCCAGGAUUAAGCUUUGGGGGGCCCAGGGCACUUAAGACAGGGGGG